ACAUCUUGAAAAAUGGAGUUCCACAGCCAAUGGGAAUGGUAUGGUGUGUGAAAAGCCACUUCCUUUGGCCUGAUUGAAAAUACAGAAAGAAAUAUCAAAAGUUGCUACAUUUAUUUGUGCCUGGAUGCCAAGGAAUAGAUACUGGGUAAUAGUCUGUACCCAGCUUUACACUGUGCAAACUCCAAAUUUCUCUCUAACUUGAUGAGGGAGCAACUUGGAAGAAAAAAAAUGAUAGAAUUUCCUGGUCAAGAUGCAGACAGUUAAACAAAGAGAAGGAAAAAAUAAACAAGUGGUGCAAAGACUCACCACUAGAGAAGGCUCACGAUCACAGAGUCUCUGAACAAUAGCUGCAUUGGAGAGACAAUUCCCCAGUUCUCAUUGCCAAGCUUGAUAUUAGACAUGGAUUAUCUCUUUGGUCAGUUUGGGUGUCCAAUCCCAAUCCCUUGCUGUCCCCCAGCCUGCCACUUGGGCUGGGGACAGAGGGAGCAGCCAGGAAAGCCUCAGUGCAGUGCAAGCAUUGUUCAGCAGUAACUAAAACUCUGGUGUGUCCUCAACACUGUCACAAAUCUAAAUCAGGGCCCCACACCAGCUGCUGUGAGCGAGCCAGAUCCAGGGUGCCUGAGCAGGCUGUGAAGACACUUGAAGGGGCUGUUCUGGGGAGAAGAAGGUGUCUGUUUUCUCACAGAGCUAAUCUAGAGGACAACAGAAGGAAGUUAAUUAAGUGCAGGUCCCAGAUUAAAGACUAGGUGUAAACACAGGACGGAAUCCCGGGAGCUGGCCCAUUCAUGGCACUAGGCAGGCCCAGCAAAGCAACAGCCUCCAGAAGGCAUCGAGGGAAAGCCUGGAAUUUGAAAGGCUGCUGCAUACAGCAGAGUCCCACCCUGUCAAUUUGAGCUUGAACUUGCAGGUGCAGCCAGAGAAUGGUGCCAGUUCAUAACAAGACCGGAGGCCCCGACAUGUGUUCUCCUACCACACUGGGAAGAAAGCUCAGAAGAAAGCUGAGUCUUUUAGGUGCUUCCUGUGAAGGUGAACUAUAUCAGGAUGGGUCUUUCAGACCCAGAUAAGGCUUUCAUACUCAAAUAGCCUUUCACACUCAAAUGAUCCCUGUCUUUCUGUCAUCAGAGGUGACCCAAGACCUUUGGCAGUUAAAUCUCUUCCCAGUUAAACUCAUGGAUCCCUCCAAGCAGCUCUGGCUUUAUUCCCAACACCAUUUUGAAACCCUUCAGGGAUUAUGUGAGUAAUUAGAUAAAUAAUAAAAAAGCCAUGUCUGGAUGUGGGAUGAUGCUGCAAGCAAAGCCCUGCUUUUCCAGUGCAUUAGGCUUCCCAGCAGUCAUUCACCCCCAGGGCUGCCAAUAGAGGAAUGCAAGGCACUUUAUCUACAAAAAUAAAGGAAAAGAAAAAGCAAACAACUAGAAUUUUUCCUUGAUGACAAUAAAACUGACUGUUUUCAGCAAUAUAAUCAUUCCUCCAAAGCCUAGAAGGUUCCUUUCAAUUUCACUCAUCUGCCCACUUCUGGGUCUAAAUGCCCAGGUGUAUUCAGAGUAAUGCCCAUUGGACUAGAAUUUGCAGAAAUUGUUGCUGAUAAAAAACCCUAUUAGGACCAGGAGAAAUGGGCAGGGAGUUAGAGUCAUCUGCCUCAAAACAGAUCUUUGGCAGAGAGACAUGUAAGUAUGUUUCCAGAGCAUUCCCUUGUAAUCAGGGGAAACAAACUUCUUCAGUGACUGACUCAUUUCACAAAAAUAAGCUCAUAAGCAAAGUGAGAUGACCUGUUCUCUGGAAGUAUCAGUAUUUCUCCGCUAGCAGGGGAAACUGUCAGUUCAUUUGUACACCUACCUUUUUAAUAUCUAAAUUUAAGCAGGACAUGUUUCUUUCUUCACUGUGGUAGAAUCUGGUAGUACUCAGCUAAAUGGGCUAAAAAUAAAAUCUGCAUCCUUAAACCCCAUUUUGACAACUCAGGAGAGAGCAAAGUGUGGUGUUUACAGUAUGUCUGGCUAUUUUUGUGCACAUGAACACUCAAAAACAGAUUGAACAAAUGUGACCUCAAGUUCUAAGCCAACGAGUUCAUGCAGGAAGACAAUUUAUUUUCCAUUACCAUUACCAGGGAGACAAAGAAGAGAUUAAGAUACAUAUAUAUUCUUAGGUAAAGGAUAUAUAUUCUUAUAUAUGGGAUAUAUAAGGAUAUAUACGAUUAUAUGCAUUUUAACACAUCCUUCCAGCAUCACAGCAUCUAAGGGGUCAGAAUCAUUUUGGCUAUGUGUGAAAUGAUGGAAUGGGAUGGGAAGAGUCUUGGCAGGUGGCAGAGCCUGUUUCCCUGACUGAAAUGGUCCCUGACAUGAUUGUUGGGGUGGGAUACCCCUAAUCUGACAUUAAUUGUCUGAAAAUCUAGAUGAGCUCCCUCCCUCGUGUGUAAAAAGAAACAGGCACGGCCAAUGCUCAUCCAUUGUCAGCAGGUGCUUUACAGAGACCCAGGUGUCUGAAGCAAGGAGCAGGAGAGUGGUCAGAGUGUGAGCAGAGCCUAUGGGGUGAUGGGUGAGGGCUCUUCUGUGGGGCAAGGCCUACCUAGGGAGCAUAGCAAUGAGGACUUCUCUCCCCUGCUAGGGGUCUGGGGCUGUAACACACAAGGCUUCUCAAAAUCAGAGGGGAAAGUGGGAGGGGGAGGAGGGAGAAUAAAAAAAACAAAGCUAUUUCAAACAGAACUGUCCAGAGAGAUUUUGCUAUGAAGAACUCAUACUGAGCUCAGCUCACCUGAUGAGAGCAUGAUGCUAAGAAUGUCAGGUUGUGCAUUUGAUCAGGGCCAUUCACUUUAGAGUUGGACUGGAUGAUCCUUGUUUGUCCCUUCCAACUCAGAAUAUUCUGUGAGUGUUUGACACACUUCAUUUUUCUUGCAUUCACUGCAUUGUCUUUGAGCACCAGUUUCAUAGAUCAGAGAUGAACAGAGAUAACCAAUCUUCUUCUGCAGAUUCUCAUUCAGGAUUACUUUAGGACCAAUGUCAUGUCUCUGAUUACACAGAGAAUUCCUAAGGUAAGCAAAGCUAUUUCUUUUCUUAUUCCACUAAUAUAUCCAUUCCCCUUCUUAAGCUGCGGUUUUUACUGUCUUCUACUCUCUACACUUGUUCUCAUCUCUUGUUUAUUUGUUUCCCUACCAGGGCUUUGCCAGGUCUUAAUUACCAUUGCUUUAGGACUAUUUCAUAACUCACAAAGUCAGCUUUAGUAACAUUCACUCUUAUCAUGUGCAGAUUAAUAAGUAAACUCAUAUCUCAACAGGAAUGGGAAAGCACUAUUGGCUAAUUUCAACCACGUGCUUUGGCACCACAGCGUAUAAAUAAGCAUGAAUUUACAGGUCCAGCAUCAGGCUUUUCUGACACUUCUCUUCCUCAGCCCACCAUGGAGGCCCUGGGAGGGACCACUAUUUUCUUGCUAGUAUGCAUCUCAUGCCUUCUUUUUGCCACGUGGAGAAGCAGAUCUCAAAAAGGGAAGGAGCCUCCUGGUCCCACUGCAUUCCCCAUUGUUGGAAACCUGCUCCAGAUAAACCCAUGGAAUUUGCCUGAAAGCCUGAAAAAGCUCAGUGAGAAGUAUGGCCCUGUGUUCACAGUACAUUUGGGCCCACAAAAGGUUGUGGUGCUGUAUGGCUAUGAUGUUGUAAAAGAAGCUUUGGUUGAUCAAGGAGAUGACUUCAGUGGAAGAGGCAUUCUACCACUGAUUAAAAAACUCUUCCAAGGCACAGGCAUUGUGACCAGCAAUGGGGAGACCUGGAAGCAGCUGAGACGAUUUGCAAUCACCACCCUGCGGGAUUUUGGGAUGGGGAAAAAGGGCAUUGAGGAACGAAUCCAGGAGGAAGCUCAUUUUCUGGUGGAGAGGCUCAAGAACACACAUGAGAGACCCCUCAACCCUGGCAAUUUCCUAAUCCAUGCUGUUUCCAACAUCAUCUGCUCCAUCGUCUUUGGGGAUCGGUUUGACUAUGAGGACAAGAAAUUUCUAACUUUAAUUGAUUGGAUAGAGGAAAACAACACACUCCAGUCCUCUAUACAAACACAGCUAUAUAAUUUCUUCCCAACUAUCAUGGAUUAUUUACCUGGGCCUCAUCAACAACUGAUAAAAAAUCUUGAAAAAGUUGAUAAAUUUACAACAGAUAUUGUAAUGGAACACCUGAAAACCCUGGAUCCCUCUUGUCCUCGAGAUUUUAUUGAUGCUUUUCUUAAUAAAAUGGAACAGGAGAAAGGGAACGCUGACUCAAAAUUCACCAUUGAGACCUUGAGCAGAACCACACUCGACUUGUUCCUUGCGGGAACAGGGACCACAAGCAUCACACUGAGAUUUGCAUUGCUGAUUCUCCAAAAAUACCCAGAGAUAGUAGAGAAAAUUCAAAAGGAGAUUGAUUCCGUGAUUGGCCGAGACCGAAGCCCUUGCAUGUCGGAUCGGAGCCGGAUGCCCUUCACAGAUGCUGUGAUCCAUGAAGUCCAGAGAUACAUUGAUUUCCUUCCUACUAAUGUCCCACAUGCUGUGAUCAGAGACACCAAGUUCAGAGACUAUUUUAUCCCCAAGGACACUCUGAUAUUCCCUAUGCUGAGUUCUGUCCUACAUGACAGCAAGGAAUUUGCAAAUCCAGAAAAAUUUGACCCAGGACAUUUCUUGAAUGCAAAUGGUACCUUUAAAAAGAGUGACUACUUCCUGCCAUUUUCUACAGGAAAACGCGUCUGUGCAGGAGAAGGUCUGGCCCGGAUGGAGAUAUUCAUAUUUUUAACAUCCAUCUUGCAGAACUUUACUCUGAAGUCUACUAUGGAUCACAAAGACAUUGACAUUAGCCCAAUAAUCACCACUCUGGCAAAUAUGCCCCGAGACUAUGAGAUCUCUUUUGUUCCACGUUAGCCAAGUGAAGACAGUUUCCAGCUCCCACCUUCCUGAGAGCUCAGGCUGAAUGACAGCCAUUCCCCAGUCUGUUGAGAAUGAAACAUUCAGACCAUUUGGUAGAUACUUUAUGGAGAGAAGAGUGCUUAGAAAAUUGCAUAGUGCUUUUAUAACCACAACAGCCAGCUUUUAUAACCAUCACACUCUUAACAGAGUAGGCAAUCACACAGGGAAGGACACAGCUCCCUGUGCAAAAUUACAGAUUCUUCUCUGCAUCUACCUCAUCCAGCGCUGGUUCCUGUCUGGCUCCUGACAUGCCAGGCUGUCUGCAUUAGCUCUGAGAGCCCUGCUGCUGCUGUCCCUAUCACGGGAGUGGUUACAGAAGGAACAGAUGCUUGUACUUCAGGGUUUUUACAAACUCUGCUUGAAGUACCUCUCUCUCUACUUUCAGUUUGUUUGUAAUCUAUUUGUAAAGGCAAACAUAAAAAAGAGGGGUUUUGUGUUAGAUAAUGAUCAUCUAUUGUAUUCUUCACCCAAUACUUACUGUCUGCUGUGGUGGGAAGAGUUUAUCAAUAACUGGGCAGAUGGGUCAUCCUCUGUGUGAUUACAAUGAGGGUUUGUGAAAUUACAAUUUAUACUGCAAAAUAAAGAAAUAGUAUACUGAAUUGUUGUUUUUCUGAUAUUCUAGAACACCUUUUAGUGAAAAACCAGUGUCCACAAAGCUUAUACUCCAAAAUCGUUUUCAAGUCCUGUACACAUCUGCUUCAUUUUACUCACUUACAUAAAAUGUGCUACAGCUUGACGAAUGAACUGCCUAAUGACCUAUAAACAUCCAUUCCCAAUUUGGGAUAAAGCUGCACUGACCCUAUGGGACCUAUCAGAACCGCAACUGUGGUUACAGAGCUGUUCGUUGGGGAAAAGAAAGGACAAAUUAAAUAACACCAGGACCACCCUCCCCCGUGCCUUUUCCUAGAUGAAUCCAGUUUGCAUCUUCCCAAUAUUUUGUGAAGUACAUAAAGAGCACUACAGCAAUGUUACAAUCAGGAAAAAAAUUGUAGAGUUUAUAUGACUUGCUAAGCAUGUAUGUACAUAUCAAUGGCUGGCAUUUCCUGUCUUGAUCACAUUCCCAUCAAUGUAUAAUAUAUAGUGAUUACAGUGAAGACAGAGACCUGAAUCUGUAUUAUGUGGGAAAAGACACAAGUGUAAUAUUCCUACAAUGCCAUUAACUGUUUAUGUGAAACAGAAAGAACUUGCUUCCUUUCAAAGAAUAACAAGCUAGAUAUAAUAUGCAUCACUAGCAUGGCAUUGCAAAGGCAAAAAGCCACAAAUGUCACAGAAUCACAGAAGUCCUCCCCCCAGAUAAAAAGAAGAAAGCACUGUACUUCCUCUUUAGCUGUCCAACAACUAAAAUAGCCAAAACAAACGAGGGAGCAGCUGUCUUGUUCCAGUUAUCUUCCUUCAUGCUGAAAAGUCAAGGAGGCAGACAAUGCAGAUCAGCAAAAGAGCUGAUCCACCAUCUCCAUGGACUCCACCAUGGUAUGAAGUGGGCUGAUUAGAGGAGGGCUAAAGCCAUGUGCCCUGGUUCUGAAGACUGUGGAUCUCUCCACAAAGUACUGCUUUGAAACUUGAAUGACUUCAGAAUAACCUGUUGGAGUGGCUGGGCAGAACUGUCUUAAGAUGCUGGAAAAAAAGAAUUCUCCUCUGGAACCGAACUCUUCUGCUUCUGCUAAAAGAGCUGUAUUUGCUAGGCUGAUUUUCAUCCCCUGGUUUGCAGUUGCAGUCCAAACCAUCAUGAACUGCUUCAGCUCCAAAGCACUCUGCAGACCAUUUUGAUGACCCACUUUGCCCCUGGACUCUCAUCCAUCAGCCCUCCCUUUUCUGUUAUCCUCCUGUUCCUGCCUUUAAGAACCCACUAUUUCCUUACCGUAUUUUCCAUUGGAAAAUGCUGCAAAGGACAAUGGUGAGAUUUAAUCUCCUUCUGUACCUCCUCUGGAAUUUCUCAGGGAUUCUCCAGGUGAAACAUCUGAGCAGUAACCAAGUCGUGGCUUUGCUUUUGGACCGAAUAUACAUUUCCCCAGUACAAUGCUGUUCACACUCACCUAUGUCUCUUCUAUGCCACUCUCCAAGGACCUGCCAUCCUUGACUUGAUUUGGAUUGUACCAGUGACACAGAGGUGCCUCAGGCAGGGAGGGUAACAUCAGAGACACAACAGGGAACAUAGCUGUCAGCUUAACUGGAAUGCCACCAUCACACGCUCCUCCAGCCAGCAAGUUCAUCUCUAACAUUUCUUCCCAAAAAGGAUGUCAACUGUGGGACAAGUCCCUUCUCUCAUUUUUGCUUCCUGGAAGUGAACACUCAAAAGUUUGUGAAGGAACUCACUAUUUCUUACCUUUCUUACCUGCAAACACUAAGCACUUGGUGACAGUGCAUGGCUCAAAGGAUUUCCAUCUUCAGAGUUCCUGGAAGUUUUAAAAUGCCAAUGUGUUUUGUACAUGCAGAAAAGCAACUUUUUCAACAGGAACAGGACAUGGUCCAUUCUGUGCCUUUCCUGCAGGAUCUGUUGUUUUCCCUGCUGGCAUGGCGCCUCCCUGUGUCCCCCUGCAGUCCUGCCAGGUAACACUGUGAGCACAGAAAUGCUAUUUCUGUUUCAAACCCAGGAUUUUCAAAGCAGUGGUGAAGACUCUCAAAAGUCAUCUGCUUCACUCUCUUUUAGAAGCACUAGGGAAAAGGGUCCACCCUGACUAAUUAGUGGCUGUACACAGCCUGACAGCAUGACGAACUUUAUCACACUGGCACCUGACUAGACAUUCUUUUAUACACUCUAAGUUUGAACCUCUUAUUUCCUACAUAUCAGUAUUUGUACUGUCUUCAACUGCAACUCACUCAAAAACCAGCUUGAAUUGCUUCAGGUCAACAGGUACAGAAAAAAUACCCUUGGAGCAGGAGGAAUACCUGUUCACUACAAAGGGCUCUGCCAAAUCACCAAUUUCGAACAUUGUUAUCCUAGUAGAGAAGACUUUUGUGCUAGGCAUGGCACUUCAAAAACUACUAGGAUCAAAAUUCACUGGUAAAGUAGAGAAAGGGUCUGCAAAGUUAACUGAGCAUCUAAUAAAGUAAUAUAUCUUGAAGCUUCACCAGAGGUCCAGACAGUCGAGGAAUAUAAUUGCAGGAAU